CUGCAGCAUCUCUAUUCUUUUUCUCUCAGCCCUGACACCGUAAUGACUUCGCUCAGGCUGUUGCUCUUCCAGCACUCGGUCCUUAUCCUGCAAGUCCAUUUUUCCAGCCAAUUGGAGGACAACAAGAUCCCUGCCAGCCUGUGUACUGGUCAUCCCGGCAUCCCUGGCUCUCCCGGGGUUCAUGGUGGCCCUGGUCAGCCGGGAAGAGAUGGACGGGACGGGAGGGAUGCCGCCCCGGGGGAGAAAGGCCAGAAGGGGGACGCAGGAUACCAAGGUGAGACAGGAGUGCGAGGCCUGACCGGAGACAAAGGAGACCAUGGAGAAAAGGGGGACAGGGGUCAGCCGGGGGAGUGCGCGGUGGCUCCCAAGUCAGCCUUCAGUGUGAAGCUGUCUCAGGGUCUCUCCCUCCCCCUGAACGCGGGGGACACCGUGGUCCGCUUCGACACGGUGGCGCUCAACGAGCAGGGGGACUACAACACCGAGACCGGACGCUUCACCUGCAAAGUCCCCGGGGUCUAUUACUUCGCCGUGCACGCCACCGUCUACCGCGCCAGCCUCCAGUUCGACCUGAUGAAGAACGGGCACGCCAUGGCGUCCUAUUUUCAGUUUUACGGCAACUGGCCCAAACCGGCGUCCCUGUCGGGCGGCUCGCUGCUCCACCUCGUCCCCGGCGACCAGGUGUGGGUCCAGAUGGCCCUCUCGGAGUACAACGGGUUCUACUCCAGCACCAAGACAGACAGCACCUUCACCGGCUUCCUGGUGUACUCGGACUGGAAAAACUCUGCCGUCUUUGCAUGA